UGUUUCCAUGGCAAAGGGAAUAAACUUGCCGGGAGAAGAGGAGACGGGGGGGCCGUAGAGGGGGGCGCGGCUCCGGAGCACAGGAGGCCAGCCUUGUCUGCAGAAGGAUAUCAGGGUGGCCUGCAAUCUUGCAUUCCUGAUGGCAUUUGCACCUCCCAAAACCAUGGAUGGCCCCAAACUACAAACCAAGAUGAGCACGUGGACACCUCUGAACCAUCAGCUUAUGAAUGACAAGGAGCCUUUCUUGCUGGCUGCCAAAACAGCAUGUUUGGAGUUUGCAAUGAUGAAUAAUAUUUUCCUAGUUAUGGUAUUUGAAGAAAGAAGAGCUUUGCUUGGAAAAUGGUUUGACAAGUGGACAGAUGGUCAGAGGCGAAGGAUCCUAAUAGAUUUGUUGGAACGCUGCUCCCUGGCGCAGCAGAAAUUCUGUUCUAAGCAGUUGCAGGACCGAGUUCCAGUUGUAGCCCUGGAUUUCACCACAAAGCUUCCCAGAGUGUUGUCUUUAUACAUCUUUUCUUUCCUGGACCCCAGGAGUCUCUGUCGAUGUGCACAGGUGAGCUGGCACUGGAAGUAUUUGACAGAGCUGGAUCAGCUCUGGAUGCUUAAGUGCCUGCGUUUUGGCUGGUACAUCAACUUCUCUCCGACCCCCUUUGAGCAGGGAAUCUGGAAGAAACACUACAUUGAGAUGGUGAAGGAGCUUCAUGUGACAAGGCCCAAGACCCUUCCAAAAGAUGAAUUUGUGGUCAUUGAUGUCCAACCAAUAGCAAGAGACGUCCCAGAGACAAAACUGUCCCCUUCCUCGGUUUUCCAAUCAGCAUCUGUGCUAGGAAAGAGGACAGAGAAGGAGAAAAAAGAGCUCCCACCAUGGCGGUCUUCGGAUAAACAUCCCACAGACAUUGUCCGAUUCAACUACCUAGACAACUAUGAUCCCAUCGAGCAAGUGAGGCAGGCUAGAAAGAAAGGAGGAGGACUAACCCCAGACCUCAGCCGGCAAGCAUUUGAGAAAAAGAGGAAACCGAGCUGUGCAUCUUAUAAGCUUCGGAAAGCAAAAUCACUGCACUCCGCGGCUGAAUCACCAAGAACACAGGAGUGCAAAAACAAGCUGUCCCUAUCUGCAGACCUGGGCUCUAGCCCAAAAGGACCAGUUCGCCCAAGCUGGGCUACUCACCAAUCAACAGGGUACCCUGUUACCAAAGCAACAGCUAAGAUCCUAGCUCAAAGUGCCCAGUGGAAUGCUGGGAUACGGCCAGCCCCUGUUCGAGCUCCAGUACCAAAGCUGAGUGAAAGAGGGAAGAAGGCCUUUGCAAGGAUGAGCAGAAGUUCUCCAUGUUACAUCCCCACUGUUUGAAGCUCAGCCCUGGCAAAUUCCUCCAUCGGACCAUGGAUCUGACGCAGAGUAAGGAAGUGAAGGUUCAGUGCAAUUCAUCUCAGUCAAACUGGCUCAUCUGCCCAGCUUUCAGAAGAUGCCGAUCACAUCCCUGAGUUACCGUGAAGAACGGAUGUUACUGACAUUUAAGAAUCAUGCUCAAAGUCUCAAGGAUCCAGCUCUAUUUUUUUAUAUCACUUGUCACAAUAAGAGACUUCCUCCCCACCCUCAUUGAACUCACUAUACGAUGGCUAUAAAGUCACUAUACAAUGCGGAGAAACAGGCAUGGAGACCCUGAGGGAGAUUUACUAGUAUAGCUCUGGGCUAACUGCAUUGCAGCCAGUUUACACUGAAGGGUUUCUGGGGCAGGAACUAUAUUUUACUAUGUAUACAGCAUAUAGCAGUGUGGGCCCUCACUAUGGCUGGGAUCUCCAGGUGCUGCCAUAAUACAAAUAAGUCAUGCAAAACUAGGGUGAGAUCAGAAUUUGAAUCAGUAUCUUGUUUGCUAUCUUGCCUUUUUUCAGUAUGUUUUCUUGUCUCUGCUGCUUUGGGUGCUGAUGCCUCAUUCUGCUUUCACUCAGUGUAUGUCUUCACUGCAGAGUUAACUUGGGCAAUUGGCACCCGGGUUAGUCUAACCCAGGUGCAAGCUGCCACACUGCAAAGCCUUACUGUCUUACUGUGUCCUCACUGGUGCUGAACUCCCAUGUGUGUGUCAGUAGGACUUCGGGGGCAUAUCCUGUGGUCCUGUGUACAGCAGUAUGCUGAGCUAUGCUGAUUCUUUCCCAGUGAAUUGUGGGAGAAUUUGUCUGUCUUUCUAGGCGCAGGGGGGAUUGUGGAACGGCACUGCAGGAUUACCAGCACUGGAGUGAUUUAGGCCUGGUCUACACUAGGGGAGGGGAUCAGUCUAAGUUACACAACUUCAGCUACAUGAAUAACAUAGCCAAAGUCGACAUACUUCGAUCUACUCACCGUGGUGUCUUCACUGUGGUAAGUCGACAGCUGAUGCUCCCCUGUUGACUCCGCCUGUGCCUCUCGCUCCGGUGGAGUACUGGAGUCAAUGGGCGAGCGCUUGGUGGUCGAUUUAUCGCAUCUAGUCUAGAGAUGAUAAAUUGUCUAGAUAAGCCCGUACACUGUGUCCUCACUGCAAAGUGAGUGGUUACAGCCUGAGUGAAUGUGGAGCCCAGGAUCUUACUUAUCCCCCAGCUGGGUUGAAAUGCCCCUGAACUCCAGGGAGAGGUUUGUGCAUGGAUGGGAAGGAGGAUUAGGGCCGAAAGCCAGUUAAGAGCUCAAAUUAACUCUGCACUGAAAACAGCCCCUCUCCAAGGUUUGACUCCAUGAUUUCAGUGGUGUGACUCCUGAUUUACACCAGCGUGAGAGCAGAAUCAGACCCCAGACUGCGGCUAAAAUUAUUGCAUGAGAUUUUCCAUGUGGCGCUGAUCCAAUAUGAUUCGCACAGAGAAGGUGAAUCAGAUACAAAAAUGAUACCUGUAUACAAAUAGAAUAAUCAUAUUCAGUAAAUCAUAACCUUUCCAAUGAUAUCUCACAUGACCCAUCUUGCAUAAAAUACAUCAUAAUGAUACCAUACUCAUAUCAUCAUAAAAUCUCAGUGAAGAAUAUGUCAGAGCAACAACUGGAGCAUUUGGUCUGAGCAGGGUUCUCAACCUUUUCCAUACUAGGUUGUCCUUGCCAUUUAGCAAUAUGGGAAGGGCCAGAUGGUCAUCCCCCACUGGCCACCUAGACUGAAAACCCCUGGUCUAAGGUAAGAGAGCAGCCUAAAAAGUUCUCCAAGGAAGGGGGCAUAAGCCAGUGUAGACAUGGGGAAAAUUAAAGCCCUUGAGCUAUGCCCACUAGUGGCUGUUCUUUUUGCCCUUCUGCAGCACCUUCUUCCUCCAGGCCCAUAUACAGCUGCCACCAUCUCUCCUUUCUGUCCACUUGCUCUCCUGUUUCCUCUUGUUUUUUCUCCUUGUCUUUUCUUUUGUGGAUUUCUCUCUCUAUUUGUGGCUCUGCUUGUUUUUUGUCCUCCUGCUCCCCUACCACAUUCCCCAGGAUACGUGUUGCUCUGGAUGGGAACAACCACUGGUAUCCCCUGCAUGACUGAGCUGAAUGUCACAGAAAAAGAGAAGCUUGAGUGGGCAGGAUACUAUGUGAGCCUAUGACCAUGUACACAUCAGCAGCUUCCCUGGAUGGCUUCUUUAGUGGCCAAGGUGUGACCAGGGAGAAAAGGCAAGUGGCGUUCAGCUGCCUGCCUGCUGCUUUCCCCACAAUAGAUGCAUGUUUGAAGGGGACAGUGCUAGUGGAUCUGGGGCUCAUGCAGUAUUCCGUCGCCACUCCUCAGUGAAACUCUGCUCCAUGCCGAUGCUUACUUAGCCUAGCAAAGCUUUGGGGUGGGAGCAACACUGUCGGUGUAGGGAAACAGUGAUCUAAGCCCCAGUGCUAGGGCUAGCUAAAGGAGAGUGUCCUUUAGCUCAGAUAGCAGACGCUUGCCCUUCAAAGACUGUAGAUCCACAGUUCUGUUCCUCCUGUAGCAUAUAUGCCAUGUAAUCAGUGGCCUCUGCUUGUGGCCACCAGUCUACUCUUCCAGUUCCUGUUUACAGAAGCAAGGGGGUGAGAUAAUAUCUUUUAUUGGACCAGCUUCUGUUAGUGAGAAAGACAAGCUUUUGAGCUACACAGAGCUCUUAUUCAGGUCUGGGAAAAAUGCUUACAGAUACGUAGAGUAUCUGAUAAAGUCAUGGACUAGAUAAACUAGAAUUAGAUAAAUUCAUGGAGGAUAGGCCCAUCAAUGGUUAUUAGCUAGGAUGGGCAG